AUGGCGUCGAAGCAAUUUCUCCCGCAGAAGCAAGACACACAGCCGGGCAAGGAGCAUGUUAUGGAACCAACCCCUCAAGCCACCUGCCCUCACCAUAAACCCUCAAGAAAGCUCGAGGGGAAGGUGGCCCUGGUGACUGGUGGCGAUUCGGGAAUUGGGCGAGCAGUUUGUUACUGCUUUGGAUCAACGGUGGCGUUCACUUACGUAAAGUCACAGGAAGACGAGGACGCUGAGGAUGCCAAGUCUCCCAGUGCAAGAAAUCCCUUGUGCAUUCCCCCUGAGCUAGGGUUUGAGGAAAAUUGCAAGAGGGUAGCGGACCCGGUCAUCAAUGCAUUUGCAAUGAAUGCUUACAAGGGGAACCCAAAGCUGCUGGAUUACACUUCGACAAAGGGAGCGAUCGUGGCGUUCACUAGAGGGCUGGCUUUGCAGGUGGUUAAGAGCGGUAUACGUGUCAAUGGUGUGGUCCCUGGGCCCGUGUGGACAUCACUCAUACUGGCCUCGUUCGAUCCGAUCCGAUUCGAUCCGCAGGAGGUUGAGACCUUCGGUGUAGAGGUGCCCAUGGGAAGGGCUGCACAGCUCCCCUCUUAUGUCUGCCUUGCAUCUCAGGACUCCUCAUACUACACUGGUCAAGUCCUCCAUCCCAACGGUGGCGUCAUUGUGAAUGGGUGA